CCCACUCUGCACCGGAAGUGAGCGCUGGGGGAGUGACGUGUGACGCGGCUGCUUUGGCGGGAUAUUCGUACAGGCCGGGGUGCAGCUGAUCCGUGUCUAGUGAAGAAGACGGUGGGAGCGGGUCGGUGUGGCCCGGGUUGUGUGGAGGACACAUCGGGAGUGACAUUUCAUUGAAGAAAAAUGGCCAUGCAAGCGCAACAUGAAACAUCUGCCGAAGAGGAAUCCUUUGGGCCUCAGCCCAUAUCCAGGCUUGAGCAAUGUGGCAUCAAUGCGAAUGAUGUGAAGAAACUGGAAGAAGCUGGAUUCCAUACAGUAGAAGCAGUUGCUUAUGCACCAAAGAAGGAACUUCUUAAUAUUAAAGGCAUUAGUGAGGCCAAAGCUGACAAAAUUCUAGCAGAAGCUGCUAAACUUGUUCCUAUGGGAUUUACUACAGCAACAGAAUUCCAUCAGAGACGUUCUGAAAUAAUACAGAUUACAACAGGCUCGAAGGAGCUGGACAAGUUAUUACAAGGGGGUAUUGAAACGGGGUCCAUUACAGAGAUGUUUGGGGAGUUCCGCACAGGAAAGACUCAGUUGUGCCACACGUUGGCAGUGACCUGUCAGCUCCCAAUUGACCGAGGUGGUGGUGAAGGGAAAGCCAUGUACAUAGACACAGAGGGCACUUUUCGACCCGAAAGGCUGCUUGCUGUUGCUGAAAGGUAUGGGUUGUCUGGCAGUGAUGUUCUUGACAAUGUGGCUUAUGCUCGGGCAUUUAACACGGACCAUCAAACCCAGCUUUUAUAUCAGGCGUCUGCCAUGAUGGCAGAAUCCAGGUAUGCACUUCUCAUCGUGGACAGUGCUACUGCUUUGUAUAGGACAGACUAUUCGGGAAGAGGGGAACUUUCAGCGAGACAGAUGCAUUUGGCCCGCUUUUUGAGAAUGCUACUAAGACUUGCUGAUGAGUUUGGCGUAGCUGUUGUGAUUACAAACCAGGUUGUAGCACAAGUGGAUGGAGCUGCCAUGUUUGCUGCUGAUCCUAAAAAGCCCAUUGGAGGAAAUAUUAUUGCACAUGCAUCUACGACGAGACUUUACUUACGGAAGGGUAGAGGAGAGACCAGAAUCUGUAAGAUCUAUGACUCUCCAUGUCUGCCUGAGGCAGAGGCAAUGUUUGCAAUCAAUGCAGAUGGAGUGGGUGAUGCCAAGGACUGAAUGUUCACAAAUACUAUAUACAUGCAACACGACUUGCUCAUACUACAGAAAGAAUGAUCAGAGGAUGGGAGACAAAGAUAACGACCAUGGAAGGAAAUCUGCAUUGUCCAGUUAAUGUCCCUAAAACCAAGUGUAAUAUUUCAACUCGCAUUGUUUUUUUGAGGAUCUUUGAUCUUGCUCACAGAACAAAGUACAUGCACAAAAUACAAUUUACAUACUUUGUUUAUGGUUUUCACAUCGCUUGUAUUAAUUACAUCUGGACUUAUUUUUCUCGACAUCUUCUCUUUUGCUUAUUGUUGUCUACAAUAAACAAUGUAGUAAUGGACUUGAAAUGUAAAUACCAUAUAAAAUAAUGUACUGUUGCCCAUAGUGACUGAGGAUAGUGUACAUGAUACUUUGCACAAAUAGCUAAUUUUUCAGGGCAAGCUAUUAAAUCCACAAGCAAUACAAAAAUGGUGAAGUAUGUGCAAUACUCAAAUGUGGUGUUUUUUUUUUUUUUUUUUUUUUU